AUGGAAAAGCUGGCUGAGGACGAUCCUGGCGUGGAUGUUGCUGACGAGCUUGACUUUGAGCCUGUCGAGGAAUAUGUAGACUCCGUUGUCGAGCUCCCUGAGCUGGACUCCGACGAUAAGCUCAUUGAAGAAGACGAAGACGAGCUCGCCGAGCUAGCUGGCGUGGUUGAGACGGUCGAGGAGCUUGAGCUGAGGCUUGACGGCGAAGAAGCCGAAGUUGAAGAUACAGACGUGGGGACUUCUGUCAUGCUCGAGCUGACACUGAAAAAGGUCGAAGACCGCGUGAUUGAAGAGGUUGUGGUAGACGAUAAAGUAUCUGAAGGAAAGGGAGGAGCUGUCUCCGACUUGCUCGUGCUUCUACUGGAUAGUGAAGACGGAGAACCUGACGUCACACUAGCUGACGUUGAAGAUGCGCUUGUGAAACUUGCCGAAGUGCUUGACAGACUGGAGGAUGAUGACGACGAUUCCAUUGUUGAGCUUGUCAAGGUCGACGACGACGACAUUUUGGAAGAGCCUGAGGAAAUCGAGCUUAGAAACUUAGAGGUGGCACUCGAGCUAGAUGACGCAAAUGAAGACGUUGCUACUUCUGUUGUUGUCCCACUCGAAAACGACUCUGAAGAAGAAGUUGACGACGACAAGCUUUCUGAUGAUGAAGACGAUACUGGCACGGUUGAGCUUGAAGAGUCGGUGGUAGACGAGGCAGAGCUGGGCGACCCAGUGGAGGAGCUUGUGCUAGACUCCGAUGUGGGCAAGGACGUAGUUGAUGCCGUGGUCGAAACGCUUGACGAUGACUCUGAAGUCGCCCUCGGAAUUGAAGACGAGCUAGAAGACUCUGUUGUGGGGGAAGGUACUGAAGUAACCGUAAUCGUGAUGGUAGAAACUCUUGUUGACGAUAGGCUGGAACUUAUCGGCUCAGGCGUCGGUGUCGAUACAUUCGACGAAGUGUCAGACGUGAAAGAUUGA